AUGGCCAGCAUGAACCAGCCUCAACCGUACAUGGAUGUGCAUUCGCAUCUGUCGUCCGGACAGCCGUAUGCGUCUCAUCCUGCAACCGCUGGAGCAUUGACCCAUUACCAGUACACGCAACAACCUCCUGUACUACAACCUACUUCUGCAUACGGGCCCGCCGGUUCUUACUCUCAGUACCCUUACCCCAACGGUGUAGCAUCAUCCCAGUCAGUUCCGCCGCCGACGACGUCAAUAAGCAGUCAAGUGCCCCCUCAAUUACUACCUCUGCCUGUCACCAACCACUCUGUCCCCACCUCCGGAUAUGGAAACACCAGUGGAAUGCCGAUGCAAGGACAUGUCUACGAUCCCACAGGGCAAGUCGCGCCUCCGGGUGCCAAACCAAGGGUUACCGCGACCCUCUGGGAAGACGAAGGCAGUCUGUGCUAUCAAGUAGAAGCUAAGGGUGUAUGCGUUGCUCGAAGAGAAGAUAACGGUAUGAUCAACGGCACGAAACUGCUGAACGUUGCGGGCAUGACCCGAGGUCGGAGAGAUGGUAUACUCAAGAGCGAAAAAGUUCGAAACGUGGUGAAGAUUGGCCCAAUGCACUUGAAGGGCGUGUGGAUUCCUUUCGAUCGCGCGUUGGAGUUCGCCAACAAGGAGAAGAUCACAGACCUGUUAUACCCUCUGUUCGUUAACCACAUAAGCAACCUGCUGUACCACCCGGCCAAUCAGAGAGAACGGCAAAUGGCGGGAGUGCAAGACCCCAGACGACUUGAAGGGCCCCAACCUGUUGUUCGCACUCCCCAAGCCUCGCAACCACCUAGUCUUCACCACCACCACUCGCUUGGGACACCUGUUCCCUCUCACAUGUCCCAACCCGGAGGCCGGCCAGGCCUUGACCGCGCCCACACAUUUCCUACCCCACCCGCAAGUGCUUCGAGUCUGAUUGGAAUCACAAGUCAAGGUAACUCUUACGAAUGGAACCAGGGGAUGAACUCGGGGGUUCCCAACACCCAGCCUCUGUCUAUUGACACCAGCUUGAGCAAUGCACGAUCAAUGCCGACCACUCCUGCUACGACGCCACCAGGAAACAACAUGCACGGGAUGCAGUCAUACCAACCCCACUCUGGCUACGACUCAAAGCCGUACUACUCUGCAGCCCCGUCCGCGCACCCUCAGUACGCCGCGCAACAACCACUGCCGCAGCAACCCAUGGCAACGUACGGCCAUUCCGUGCCGACAAGCUCGUACCGUGACAUGGCGCCACCCUCAUCCCAGCGUGGUUCUAUAGCCGGAAUUGAUACCGAUGUCAAGACGGAACGUUAUGCAGAAGGCAAUGUCGCCAAGACGGAGCCAGAGGAACCGGAGUAUGCUCAGCCAGACAAUGGAUACAAUACUGGCCGCGGCUCAUACUACACCACGAACCCCUCGGUUGGCGGUCUUGCCGGCGACCAUUCCCAGCUCACACCUGACAUGACGGGCUCUCCUCAACAAAACGGCUCUGGACGCAUGACCCCUCGUACGAGUGGUGCCGCUCCUCAGUGGGCGCCGGGAUACACCACCCCCCCUCGCCCCGCAGCUGCCAGCAGCCUGUACAACAUUGUCAGUGACACGCGGGGUACGUCCGGCGCGAAUGGAACCACAUCCGAUAACUACUCUGUGGCGACCAACUCGGGCUACUCAACGGGAAUGAAUGGGUCCAUGGGUUCUAACAAGCGUAUGCGCGACGAUGAUGACGACCGCAUUGUCAGACCGGACAGCCGGGGCGAGUACGAAACCAAGCGCCGCAAGACCUUGACCGAGACUCCCGUCGGUGGUCCUGUCGGUGGUGUUCCUCUCGGGCUGCAGCCAAUGAAGGCGGGCGGCGGCAUGAUCAGUGCUCGUCGUUGA